AUUAUGUCAUCCAAUGCCUCUUCCUUUAUUAUUUUGUCUCUUCAUUCAAAUGAUGAUGCUUUUCCUUGAAGACAUCGUGGAUCCUGCAUAAUGUUGCUAAGUAAUUUCCUCUAUAUGUUGACGUCUGGUUCUUUAUAUCUGAUCCUAGCUCCUAUUAUAUUAUCACAAAAACUUUCUUACAGACCUAGGUAACUUGCCAAAGUUAUGGCUGAUAGAUUGUUGUUAUUAACUUCAGUACAACCAGGUCGCCAAUUUUUUCUUGCAGAGAUUCAAUCCGCAACCAAUGACUUCGAUGAUGAACUGGUCAUUGGACACGGAGGGUUUGGAAAGGUGUACAAAGCUUGCAUUUCUAUCGAAGAAACAACUCAUGUUGUGGCCAUCAAACGGUUGGAUUCUAAAUCCAAUCAGGGAGCACCUGAGUUCAGGGCAGAAAUCGAGAUGCUUUCAAAGCUACGCCACUGUAACUUGGUGUCUCUCAUUGGUUUUUGUGAUGAUAACAAGGAGAUGAUUUUAGUUUAUGCAUAUAUGCCUAAUGGAACCCUCUACGAUCAUCUACACAAAGCUGAGACUCCUUUAAAUUGGAUGCAAAGAAUCCAGAUAGCCAUAGGUGCUGCCCGGGGGUUGGACUAUCUUCACACAGGUUUUGGCACCCAACACGGAGUCAUUCAUCGUGAUGUGAAGACUUCAAACAUUCUUUUGGAUAACAACUGGGAAGCUAUGAUUUCGGAUUUUGGGCUGUCUAAAAUAAGCCCAGCCAACCAAUCAUCCUCAUACAUUGACGCAAGUGUUAAAGGCACAUUCGGGUAUCUAGAUCCGGAGUAUUUCUAUACCAGAAAGCUGACAAGGAAAACAGAUGUGUAUGCAUUUGGGGUUGUAUUGUUUGAACUGCUAUCAGGGAGGCUUGCAGUAGAUGAAGGAAAUGCUGAGGAGCAUAUCAGUUUGGUAAGAUGGGCUCAAAAGUGUGUGAAAGAAGGGAAAUUUGAUCAAAUCGUUGAUUCUAAUAUCCGGGUGACAGUUUUUUCCAAAUGUUUACGAAGGUUUGCAAAAAUUGCGUAUCGUUGUUUGCUUAGUGUUCUAAAAGAACGACCUACUAUGGCUGAGGUUGUGGUCACACUUCAGGAUUUAGUAGAACUACAGCGGAGACAUGACAAUUCUGCUGAGGCACCAAGAAUAACAGUAUUCACUUGGAAGAUUCAUAAGUUUCUUGCUUCCACAACUAAACAAAACUCAGGUAUACCGAAACUUCUCAUUGAUAUUAUAUGUGCACGUUUCUGUUUAUAUUAGUUAUCUUAGAUAAUAACUAUUUAGCACUUGUAUAGCUGAAAUAUGACAUCUUAGAAUACCCAAAUAAUUUUAAUUUGUUCAUCAACAUUUAGGUUCCUUUAAACUUAGUCGAACGAUGUUGCUUUGUCAAAUAAGAACACAAUUAAUGUCUCCCAUUGAAAGAUAUGCAAGCAAGUUUUAUUUUUCA